CCGCCUGGUGGUCAGUAAGGGCACUGUGCAGAGGGGGACACCUGGGUUCUUUUCCUCAGCUGCUGUGCUGGGAGGGUCCCUGGCCUCCGUUUCCCCCAGUGCCCCCUGCUGUGCCCUUGCGGGUACUACCACCAGGAAGCUGCAACAACUCGCUCCCCCCCCACCGCCCCGAGAUGCUCCUGGGCACCCGCUAACAAUGGGGGGGUGCUGAGGAGGCUGGGGGGCUUGUGGCCACCAGCUCUGGGGGUCCCCCUGACCCCCCCCCGGUGCCAUGGGCUGCCGCAUCAAGGAAAACCCCACCAGGACCUUUGACUUUUUCUUGGAGGCCUCUUGCCCUGCAACCCCAGAGGAUGACCCCCUGGUGCUGAGACAAUUCCCAGAGGAGUUUGAAGACCAGGAGUCAAUCCAGAUGCUACCCCGGUUCUGCUUCCCAUUUGAUGUGGAGAGGGGGCAGGAUGGGGCCCCAGUGCAGAACUUCACCUUCGCCCUCACGGACAUGGACGGGAACCAGCGCUUCGGCUUCUGCCGCCUCGCGCCCAGUGCUCGUGCCUGCCUCUGCAUCCUCAGCUACCUGCCCUGGUUCGAGCUUUUCUACAAGAUCCUCAACACCAUUGCUGACCACUUGGCCAAGCAGCAGCUCAGCGACCUGGAGCACUUCCUGACAGCCCUGUACAGCCACCCCGUGCCCCCACGUGGCAGCCCCAUGCGCCUGGAGUUUGACUCCAGCCUGACCCGGCUGCACAUCACACCAGGGGCCCUGUCACAGGGGCAGUGCCAGGACCAGAAGCCCAGCAGGCAGGACGAGGGGCCCUCGUACUUCAUCGCCCCAGACCUGGGGGGGCUGCCCAGCAUCCCUGAGAACCGCAACCUCACAGAGUUCGUGGUGGCCGUGGACGUGCCCAACAUGCUGCAGCUCUAUGGGAGCCUUCUGUGCGAGCGCCGCAUCCUGCUCACUGCCAGCAAGCUCAGCACGCUCACGGCCUGUAUCCUGGCCUCCUCUGGGAUGCUGUACCCCAUGUCCUGGCAGCACAUCUUCAUCCCCACCCUCCCCCCCCACCUGCUCGACUACUGCUGUGCCCCCAUGCCCUACCUCAUUGGAGUCCACUCCAGCCUCAUGGAGAAAGUGCGGGCGAAGGCCCUAGAAGACGUCAUCAUCCUCAACAUCGACACCAACACUCUGGAGUCACCCUUCCGGGACCUGGAGAAGCUGCCAGGGGACGUGGUGUCUCUGCUGAAGCUGCAGCUGCGCCGUUGGUCUUCCAGUCCCGGGGCCGGUGUCGCCCAUGCCUUCCUGCAGGCCCAGGCCCUGCUGUUCGGCUCCUAUCGCCAGGCCUUGCUCUACACCCCGGGCCAGCCCAUCUCCUUCUCACAGGAGGCCUUUCUGAGCCACAAGGCAGGACCCAUGCGGGAGUUCCUGCACAGCGCCGUGCACCUGCAGCUCUUCAAGCAGUUCAUUGAUGAGCGGCUGGAGAAGCUGAAUGCUGGCGAGGGCUUCUCAGACAUGUUCGAGCAGGAGAUCACCAGCAGCGGGAUGGCAGCGGGUACAAUGAAGUCCUAUCAGCUCUGGGUAGAGAAUUUUAAGAAGGGUGGCGGGGCCCUGAUCCAGACUGUCAGGACCAAGGCGAACCCUGCUAUGAGGAACAUGUACCGAUAUGCCAAGGGCCAGGCCCGGCUGGGGCUAAAAGAAAUGAGGAGCCGCUUACUGUACAAGACUGGGAGCCCUGAGCAGCGCCUGCAGCGGGGGGCAUCCCUGCACUUAGAGCCAGCCCCCACCCCAGCCUCAAGCAGCCGGUCAGAGCGGCUGCAGCGACGCCUACCCAUCACCCACCACUUCGGGAAGUCACGGCCCCGGAGACCCCAGCCCAAGCCUGGGGGGAUGGAGCCACAGACCCAGAGGUGUGUUCUCCGCAGCGAAGUCCAGGGGCAGGACAGGGAGAAGCCUGCAGACCAGGUGGAGCUGGACACCAGCUUCCCGGAGCCCGAGGACCUGGACCUGCUGGGCGAGAUUUUUGAGGCGCUGAGCCUGGUGGCACCUGGUGAAGGCGGGGCCCUCUAUGGCACCCGCAGCCUUGACCUCACCCAGCUGGGGCCAAGCCAAGAGAGCCUGAACCUUAGCCUAGAUGGGCCAAGCCGGGACUGGUGGGCGCUGCCUGAGGAGGAGGAUGAUGAGGAAGACGAGUGUAGCUCAUGGAACCCCAGCAUCCAGGAUAAGGCACCUGAGAUGGGGGAGAGCCCGAGAGGUGCGCCCUCCCUCUGCUGGAAGGCACCUGUCUACCCCCAGCAGCCGCAGCCCCCAGGAAGUGGAGAGCAACAGGCCUCAGCAUGGAGCCCCGCCCCUGAGGGGGCUGAGCCCUGCCCCCUCAAUGCUAGCCCCACCCCUGAGGCCCCCGUCACAGCUAACCCCGCCCAUGAAGAGGCACAGCCCUGCCUUCUCACAGCAAGUCCUGCCCCAGGGGGAGCACAGCCCCACCUCCUCACAGUUAGCCCCACCCCUGAGGCAGAGCCCUGCCACCCAACAGAAUGUCCUGCCUCUCAUAGAGUAGAGCCCUGCUUCCUGACUGUUAGCCCCAUCCCUAAUCAGGCAGAGCUCCACCCACAGGAGGCCAAGCCCCACCCCCUGACAGCUAGCCCCACCCCUAACACGACAGAGCCCUGCCUCCUGGCAGAACCCCGCCCCCUGCCCGAGAGCCCCGCCCCUCCCCGAGUAGCCCAGCUCAAGAAACUGUUUGAGGCCUAGGGGACAUGGGAGCAGGGGAGCCCUGCUCUCAUUGGCCCUCUGCAACUGCCAAUAAAAUGACAUCACUGGA